GGUCCUGGCGCGGUGCCGCCGCCUGCCCCGGGGCUCCGGGGCCGGCCCCGAGCCGCCGCCCGCCGCGGCCAUGCCCUCCCCCACGGACUCCAGCCGCUCUCUGACCGGCCGCAGCUCCCGCAGCCUCACCCACCUCCGCCUCCAGCGCACCUGGCUGCAGGUCCUGCUGGUCCUGGCUCUCGUGCAAGCCAUCCUGGGCGUCCUCAUCGUCACCUUCAGCCUGGUGGCGGCCACCAUCACCCCCUCCACCAAAAUCCGGCACUCGUGCCCGUCCUGGGCCGGCUUCUCGCUGGCACUGUCCGGGCUGGUCGGCAUCGUCUCCUGGAAGCGGCCGCUCACCCUGGUGAUCGCCUUCUUCACGCUGCUCUCGGUGCUGGGCGUCAUGCUGAGCCUCGCCGGCUCCAUCCUGUCGUGCCAGAACGCGCAGCUGGUGAAGACCCUGGAGGCCUGCGAGAGGGAGAGGGACACGUGUGUCUGCUGCCAGGCCCGCUCGGAGCCCCCGCCCGCCUCCUGCAGCCAGCAGAGCGAGCAGCUGACCAUGUUCCCCAACGCCAACUGCCGGAGCAUCCGUGUGGCACUCAAGGAUCUCCUCUUCAGUGUCUGUGGCUUGACCAUCUUCUCCACCAUCAUCUGCAUGCUCUCUGCUGUCGUCUGCUGCAUCCAGAUCUUCUCCCUUGACAUCGUCCAUGUGCUGGUCCCACAGCGCUCGAGCUCUGUGACAUUGGAAUGCACGUCCCCACCUGACACCUUCCUGCAGAGCAUGAUGGACUUCGAGGAGUUUGUGCCUCCAGUGCCACCUCCCCCCUACUACCCACCUGAGUACACCUGCAGCUCUGAGACAGAUGCACAGAGCAUCACCUACAAUGGCUCCAUGGACAGCCCCGUGCCCCUCUACCCAACCGAUUUCCCCCCAUCAUACGAGACUGUGAUGGGGCUGCGGGGAGACAGCCAGGCCACCCUGUUCGACUCACAGCUGACAGAGGGCUCCCACGCCUGCACCUGCGACCGCGUCCCCUCCAUCGUGCUCAGCGGGGAAGUCUCCAUGGACAGCGGGUCCCUGAUCAUGUCCGAGAUCAUGGACAUCCCCGGGGACAGCAGCCCCUCGGAGGACUCGUGCCUGCUGGAGCUGCAGGGCUCCAUGCGCUCCGUGGAUUACGUCCUGUUCCGCUCCAUCCAGCGCAGCCGCGCCGAUUACUGCCUGAGCGUGGACUGCGUGCAGUGCAGCCACCACGCCCGCAGCCCCACGCUGGCCCUGCAGGGCCCCUUCGAGGAGAUGCCCCAGCCCCGCGUGCGGGGCGAGCGCUCCUAUUCCUGCUCCACCGCGGAGCCCGGCCCCGACGGCGGCGUCCUGGUGGGGGGAGCCGUCACCCACAGCUGCAACCGGCUGGUGGGGCCGGUGCGCUGUGCCGGGCCCUGCUUCCCCGAGGUGCGCCUCAAGGACAAGGGCUCCUCGCUGCAGGGACGCGGGGGUGGCCGCCACACGGACACCGCCACCGCCGGCCGCCCCCGGCGCAACAGCGAGACCUCGUGCCCUUCGUCCCCGGCCCCGGCGCUGGCCCCGCGCCCGCUGCUGAGGUCCCACAGUGACCCCGGCGUCCCCAUGGCCGGCCGUGCUGCAGAUUUCAGGGAAGUACUUUAUACCAAAGCACUGGAGGACACCGUGUCUGACUCCUCCGCUGAUACAGGGCUGUGCUCCGAGGCCUGCCUGCUCCACCGUUCCCACUGUGACUCCCCGCCGCUGCUCCGGGCUGGCUCCGUGGGGAAGAACAAGCUGCCACCCUCCAAGAAGGUGCCACAGCAGCUGUCAAAGACAGCCACCCGCUCCCUGGGGGACCUCAAGGGCUACCGGGGCACCCGUGGGCUGGUGGCCAGGUUCCUGCAGAGACCCAAGCGCAGCAUGGAGGUGUCUGGGCACAGCUUCCAUGGGCACAAACAGGUUCCCUGGAGUGCCUGGCCAGGUGCAGAGCGGCCCCACGAAGGGAUCCACCUGCAGAGCUGCGGGGACCUGAGCUCCACCUCGUCCCUGCGGCGGCUCCUGUCCUCGCGCCGCCUGGAGCGCGGCCGCCCGCGGAGCCUCAGCGGGGCCUGCAAGGAGAGCGCGCUCUGAGGGCACGGCCGGGCAGGGACCCUCCUCCCUGGGGGGGAAUCCUGCUCUGGGCUCAGCCCUGGACAUUGCUCGGACAUUGCUGCUGCUGCUGCCCCGGUGGGGCUGGGUCCUGC